UCCCGGGUUAGCGGUUUGGUGUUGGCGUGGAGUGCCGAUGAAGGAUGAGCUUCUCGGGCGUCCAUUCCGCCGAUGCUCACUCGUCCUGUGUCCAACUCUCGCGCACCCUCUGGUGCUCGCUCGUCGCCUGCCGAACUUCUGCUCCUUCUCCUUCUGCUCCUUUGUGUGACCCGCUCGUCACAUUAUCAUUGGUGUGGUGGUGGUGGUGGAGGUGCUUGUCUUCCUGCUCUUCCUCCUCCCCGCGUGUGAUUGCGAGCCGCUCGGCGGAGGAGCUCAGGUCAUCUACAGCUGCGUCGGCGAAGAAGAAGAAGAAGAAGAGGAAGGAGAAGAAGAAGAAGGAGAAGGAGAAGCAGGAGGAAAGAUGGCGAUCACCCACUAGCCGGAGCGGGCGCACGCAUGAGACCGACAACUUUGGAGAAGAAGGAGAAGAUUGCAGCGGUUUCCCUGAUUUUCCAGGGAGUGCUCCCCUUGCUUAGUGAUGGAGGUACUGCAAUGCGACGGCUGUGACUUUCGCGCCGACUCGUACGAUGACUUGAAGAGCCACAUUCAGGAAGUGCAUACAGCCUUCCUACAGCCUGCCGACGCAGACGAUUCAGACUCACCGAAAGCCGACGAAGAGGAAGAAGACGAGGAAGACGAUGACGACAAGCAGCCGGAGGAGGAAACAGAGCAGGAAACCGGAGACAAGGAUGACAACAAUUGCACACCUCCUGAAGCUGGAAUGAGUCCCAACUCUGCCGACAGCCCCAGCAAGGCAUCGCCGAAGCAAAGCCCCGAGACCCAUCUGCUGUUUUACCAGUGCAAGUUCUGCGUCCGUUACUUCAGAUCCAAGUCGUUCCUGAAGAACCACACCAAGAAGGUGCACAAUGUUGUCGAGGAAGACGUGGUCCCACAGAUCUCCUCUCAGACGGAAAAUUCUAAAGGGUAUUCCUGCCAAUAUUGCACCUACAAGACUCCACGCAAAGCAAGGAUGAUGAAGCACCACGUUAUGUAUCAUAGGCAAGUUUCCUCCGGGGUCUCCGGGACUGCCUCAGAGACGGCCGAAGCUGACGAAGAGUCGUGUUCAUCCAGCGGCCUCACGAGGAGGCUGUUAGCCUGCGAAUGGUGCGACUAUGAAACUGACCAGAAGGCCAGCUGGACCAAUCACGUGGUCAAGGAACACGGCGAUAAGGUCAAUAUAGUGUCCAGCAUUCCCAAACCAGAAGGAGAUGCAUGUGCGAGCUCACCUAAACCAGAUUCCCUAUCCCAAAGCCCCCCUGGAUCAAAGACAGCUUUGACUGAAGGAUAUGAGGAGUCAACGAGAGAAAUGCUCGAAAGCGCAUCAGCGAAGAUUGCUGCAGGAUGCUCUGCUUCGCCCAAGGUGCCCAACAGAGCCAGUGAUAUAGAGGCCAACUUACUCAACGAAGAGGACUCAAGGAGCAGUUUAGAGGGUGAAGAUGAAGAACUAGGUGAUAUGGACGAUCCCAACUACACUGGAACGCUGUCGGCAGACGCAAAGCAGCUAUUAACAGAUGAGGACAAUAAACUGCUGGAGACGAAAGGAAUACCGUUCAGAAAGUUCCAGAACCGUUUCCAGUGCCCCUUUUGCUCCUUCCUCACCAUGCACCGGCGUAGCAUCUCGCGCCACAUUGAAAACAUUCACCUCUCUGGUAAAACCACAGUCUAUAAAUGUGAUGAAUGCCCGUUUAUUUGCACCAGCCCUCUUAAGUUAGGCACACACAAACAGAGUCACAGUUCCUCCGACGUGGAGACCAUGGACCUGACGAGUGACAGCCCAGAUCCUCACAAUGACAGCACGACGGAUCCCGUCAACGGGGGUAAUCUAAGUAUAUCCAAGAUGAAUGGCAAAAAGUCAAUCAGCGGGUUGAACGAUCAACAGAAUCCACACCGCUGCACGCUCUGUAGUUACUCCACCACCACUCUGAAAGGACUGAGGGUUCACCAGCAACACAAGCACUCUUACUGCGAUGACAUGGACCCCACGGUCUUUGAAAGUCAGUUGGCUGACCAACUGGACACGGAUGUAGCGGCAUCACCGACUUGUCUACAAAAAACCCAGACCUCGAUUUUAGGGCUAGCCACCAAAAAACCCUUAGUCAGUGGUAAGCGUGCGAGGAAGUCCAUCAACGAUUUGCCUUUGGAUUUGUCCUCAGUCAAAAAGAGAACAAGAAUUGAUGAAAUUGCCAGCAACCUUCAAAGCAAAAUAAGCCAAAGCCAGCAGGACCUGAUCAUAAAUCUGGACGACGUAGAUGACGAGGACAUGGCCGAGCAUAACAGCGACGCGGGAAGAAACCACAAAGGGAAAAAUGCCGUCUUUGCUUACAACAUACUACAGCCUCACUCAAGGGAUUCCCCUCUCAAGGGAAGCAGGAUAGGGAAAAGAAAAAGCAACCCCAAAUCAAACGCCAGAAGCCUUCCUCUGUCCCAGACUCUUUCUGACGACAGUGAAAACAUUUCAGGUGAUCUGACUGAAAGUCGCGAGGCUACCCAAGAGCACAGCGACUAUUCCGGGGAUCCUGGAAUGGCGCGUUUCUAUUGUAAACACUGUGAUUACCACAACAAAUCCGCUCGUAGCGUCAGCACCCAUUAUCAGAGGAUGCACCCCUACAUCAAAUUCAGCUUUAAGUACAUCCUUGACCCUGAGGACCAGAGCGCUGUCUUUCGCUGCUUGGAGUGCUACAUUGAGUACACAAACUACAACGACCUACACCAACACUACAUGGAUCACCACCCGGAAGCUAGCAAUGUGCUCAACUUUAACCAACCCAAUUUGGUCUACAUGUGUCGCUUCUGUUCGUACACCAGCCCCAAUGUACGAAGCCUAAUGCCCCACUACCAAAGAAUGCAUCCCACCGUCAAGAUCAACAAUGCAAUGAUCUUCUCUAGCUAUGUUGUGGAGCAGUCGCACAAGUCUGGCGAAUCACAAACCCUGAGAGAGAUUUUAAACUCCGGUCCCAAAACGUUGAACUCGGCCACGUCCACACCGAGGUCCACCUCGAGCCCGUUGCUUAAAACGACAUCCAAGACCCCCGAAUCAGGCACAGAGAUGGACUCCCUCAAGGACGCCAUGGCCGGAAGUGUCGUCGUAUACGAUUGUGACGUCUGUUCUUUUUCUAGUCCCAACAUGCACUCUGUUUUGGUCCACUAUCAAAAGAAGCACCCUGAGCAAAAGGCGUCAUAUUUCCGCAUACAAAAAUCCAUGAAGGUUGUGUCAGCAGAUCAGCCCCUCGCAAAUGCAUCCUUUAACUUAAACACAUCAACUACCCCCAAGAAAUCAAGCGUGGCAUUGUACGGAUCAGAAGAGGAUAUGUUCUACUGUAAACACUGUGUAUAUAGCAACAAAUCUGUUGUGGGUGUGCUGGUGCAUUAUCAAAAGAGACACCCCGAAGUAAAGGUGACGGCCAAAUAUAUCAAACAUGGUGCCCCCACCCCGGCCUUGCUGAAACUAAUUGACGAAUUACAAAUUGCAGCGCCAAAGCAGUUCAUGACGCAGUUCCCAAACAACGGUCACGAUGGCUCCAACAACUCCAGCCCUAAACCGGGAAGUGGAGAGAAGUGUGAGGACGAGUUGUUCUUCUGCCAGCACUGUGAUUACGGCAACCGGACUGUCAAAGGAGUGCUCAUUCAUUACCAGAAGAAGCACCGGGAAACCAAAGCUAACGCCGACCUCGUGCGUCGCCAUACCGCCGUCGUCCGGAGUCAGCGUGAGCGCGCUCAGUCGAGCAGUGUCUCGGCCCCUCCCGACCCGGAAAACACUGCGCCCCUACGAUCCCUGAAGUGCAGACACUGUCCUUACACAUCUCCUUAUGUCUACGCCCUCAAGAAGCAUCUCAAGAAGGAUCACCCAACCGUCAAGGCCACAGCCUUGACAAUUUUAAACUGGGCUUACCAAGAUGGCAUACUGGAGGCGGGGUAUCACUGCGAGUGGUGCAUUUACUCCCACACCGAGCCUCACGGCUUGCUCCUUCAUUACCAAAGACGCCACCCAGAGCAUAAUGUGGACUACGCCUACAUGGCCAGCAAGCUGUGGGCUGGACCAGAGACCACUAAACAAGGGGGGAGCCAAGAAACAAAACAUUACAAAUGUAGGGACUGCGCCUUUGAGGCUUGCACCGUUUAUGACAUAACAAGUCACUAUCAGGCAGUACACCCCUGGGCCAUCGAAGAGGACGAAGCUGUGAUUUUGGAUAUCAUCAAUGGAAAGGCUUCAGCCGAGAAGAUCACCACAGAACACACGUCUUUUAACAACCAGUCUAUGGAAGACGAAGGCGCUCUGUACAUUGCCACACCGCCCCGAGAGAGCAACUCACAUCCCGCUCACCCACGUCUCUCUAUUUCGAACAAUCCCUAUCAGUGCACUGUGUGUCUGUCCGAGUACAACAGCCUCCACGGCCUCCUCACCCACUACGGCAAGAAGCACCCCGGCAUGAAAGUCAAAGCGGCGGACUUUGCGCAGGAGGCGGACAUCAACCCCAGCUCGGUGUACAAGUGUCGCCACUGUCCCUACGUAAACUCCCGCAUCCACGGUGUCCUCACCCACUACCAGAAAAGACACCCCUUGGUUAAAGUCACGGCAGAAGACUUUGCGGACGACAUUGAGCAAAUUGCCGACUCAAAUGAGGUCGACGACAAAAACAAGACUCAAAGGCAGGGCUACGGUGCGUACAGAUGUAAAAUGUGCUCGUACACACACGGGACACUGGAGAAACUCAAAAUCCAUUAUGAGAAAUACCACAAUCAGUCGGCCACUGAGAUUUUCUCUCCCGGUUUGACACAUUUCUCAGUCAGCCAAGAGACAGAACCAGUGGCGGAAUGCAGUGCCAGUCAUACAUCAAGCACAAGGAAAGUCCAGGAGGUCAACGACGCGGACUUCACCCUCUCACAGUUACCCAUCAAUAAGCCUGAGAAGCACGCCGUGUUCAAGUGUCAGCUUUGCAAAUACUUCUGCUCCACUCGCAAAGGCAUUGCUCGCCACUACCGCAUCAAGCACAACAAUGUCCGUGCUCAGCCUGAAGGUAAAAACAACGUCUUCAAAUGUGCUCUGUGUCCGUACACCAACCCGAUUCGCAAGGGCCUGGCAGCGCACUACCAGAAGCGCCAUGAUAUCGAUGCCUACUACACCCACUGUCUGGCCGCUUCCAAGACCAUGACCGAGAAACCCAGCAAAGUAAUAUUACCGCCCCCUUCAGAACAGGAGAAUUCGGAGAUGACCGAAGAAGUCCGCUUGGCCGUAGAGAGGCGAAAGUGUUCUCUUUGUCCCUUCCAGGCGUUCAGCAGAAAAAGCAUUGUGUCACACUAUAUCAAACGCCAUCCAGGCGUCUUCCCCAAGAAGCAGCACGCUAGUAAACUCAGUCGCUACUUUACUGUCCUCUAUGCCAAAGAACCAGAGAAACCAGAAGAUAGUCCUAUGGACGAGGACGUCAAGGAAGCGUUGCAGGAUGCCCCUGAUAUCGAGCAAGAUGCGGACUGGCUGCCAUUUAAGUGUCUCAAGUGUUUCCAGUUGUCCUUCAGUACCGGCCUGCUGCUGUCUAUGCACUACAACGACCACCACAGGGCAGACUUCAAGCGGGACUUUGCCGUGUCGCCGGAACCUGAGGAGGACGACGACGAUGCCUCCGAGUCCUUCCAGUGUUCCCAUUGUGAGCUGAAAUUCCUGUCUCUCCCCACGCUCGCCACGCAUCUGCUCAAUCACAACGAGGAGUUUCAGAAAAGGGCCACUCGGCUCGAGAGGAGGCGUCAGCUUCUCAGCAAACACAAAGCAGCGGCCGUAUCAGAAAGCAAGCCCGAGAAGGAAAGCUGUGCAAACAAAAAUCCUAUAGGCUUCAGGUGUAACUUUUGCAUUGAGGUGCACACUACCAUCCGCGCCAUCUGCAAUCACCUGAGGAAGCAUGUCCAGUACGGAGAGGUCAAAGAGGGACAUGUCAAGCAGGAAAUCAGUGAGGUGGCCCUCACGGUGCCGUCAGAGAGACUCGUUAAUGGUGAUUUGGAGGAGGAUGAAACCGGAAGCCUCCAAAGACUGGAAGACGGCGUGAAAGGCCUCGCGUCGCUCGCUGCGGCUUCUUCCACUGUUGCUACAGCAACACCGGAACCAGACUUGGAUGCCGUAGAUGGGAGGUCCUCGACGCUGAAGCAACGGCUUGCGACGGGGGGCCACCCAUGCGCCCAGUGCGACCGGGUCUUCAUGUCCAUGCAGGGUCUCCGUUCCCACGAGCGGAGCCACUCGGCCAUGGCCAUGAUCAUCAGGGAGGACAAGUAUAGCUGCCAGUACUGCCAGUUUGUCUCACCCUUCAGACACAAUCUGGACAGACACAUGCAGUCACACCACGGCCAUCACAAACCCUUCAAGUGCAAACUAUGUCCCUUUAAGUCUGCCUACGUGAGCCGCUUGAAGAGCCACCUACACAAGGCACACACUGGUGAGCAGUACACGUACAAGUGCUUGUCCUGCCCCUUCUCCUCCAUGACCAUCAGCCAACUGAAGGAGCAUUCGUUGCGAGACCACGGCGAAGCUCUAACCCUUCCCAAACUGCGAGCCGCCACGCAGGCUGCUCACGCCGCCCUCAGGACCCCCACCCGACCUACCACCAAUGCGGAGCAAAGCCUCUUGACUCCGGACGAUACCUCAUAUUGGGAACCGAGUGACGUCCACGAACAGCUCAGCCACUACCAGAUCUCUUUUCGCAGUCACACGUCCUCCGGGGAUAAUCGACCCGACAGCAUCCUCACCUGUGAGUUCUGUGAAUUCAGCUCAGGCUACAUGCAGAGCCUUCGGCGACACUACCGGGACCGCCAUGGAGGCAAGAAGCUCUUUAAGUGCAAGGACUGCUCCUUCUUCACCUGCUACAAGAAUACGUUCACCUUGCACGUGGAGGCGGGCCACAACAGCAGCAACAACAACGCGCAGGAGGAUGUCCAGAAAGACCUUCGCUGCCCUCUUUGUCUCUACCACACCAAAUACAAGAGCAGUAUGAUUGACCACAUUGUCCUACACAAAGAGGAGCGUGUGGGUCCGCUGGAGGUGAAUCGCUCCAAGCUGUCACGCCACCUGCGGGGUGUGGUCUUCCGCUGCCACAAGUGCACGUUCACAUGCUCCAGCGACCACGCCCUGCAACUGCACCUGCACAAGCACGAGCUCAAGCCCUACCGGUGCCAACUGUGCUACUACGACAGCCGCCGCCGCAACCAGCUGGAGGAGCACCUGCGCUUCGAGCACAAGGUCAUCCGGAACUUUGAGCUGAUGGGCCGCGUCAAUUUAGACCAGCUGGAGAUGAUGGAGGAGCAGGAAAACAGCAGCAGUGAUGAGGAGCCGCAGCAGCAACAGCAGCUGGAGGAGGAGGAAGAAGAGCAGGAACAGGGCGACAGGAUGGAAAUGGCGGUCGACGAAACCGUGGCUUUGGCGGAGGAGGACGAAAUCAUGGAGGUGGCAGAGAACCCGAGAGAGGAAGAGAGAGGUGUAUUGGAUGACGAGCGGGAAGACAGCAUCCUAGAGGAAGAGCAGAAUGAGGAGGAGUUCCAAGAGAUGGAAGAAGAAAGGCCUGCACAACAAGGAAUUGUUGCUUCUCCAACAAGCAGCAGCAGCAGCAGCUGCUCUGGAGAGAAGCGUAUUCCCUGCGAAUUUUGUGGACGCUGCUUCACGAACAAUUUGGAGUGGGAACGUCAUGUCCUUCGGCACGGCAUGACGGUGACUAAUAGUCAACAGGAAACCAGCACAAACUCCAACAUGGAGGCCUCUGCCCCAAACUCCAACACGGAGGCCUCUGCCCCAAACUCCAACACGGAGGCUUCUGCCCCAGACUCCAACACUGAGGCUUCUGCCCCAGACUCCAACACUGAGGCUUCUGCCCCAGACUCCAACACUGAGGCUUCUGCCCCAGACUCCAACACUGAGGCUUCUGCCCCAGACUCCAACACUGAGGCUUCUGCCCCAGACUCCAACACGGAGGCUUCUGCCCCAGACUUCAACACGGAGGCUUCUGCCCCAGACUCCAACACGGAGGCUUCUGCCCCAGACUCCAACACGGAGGCUUCUGCCCCUGACUCCAACACGGAGGCCUCUGCCCCAAACUCCAACACGGAGACCUCUGCCCCAAACUCCAGCACGGAGAUCUCUGCCCCAAACUCCAGCACGGAGACCUCUACCCCAUCCUCCCUCUCUUCCACCAUUGUUGACACCAGACCAGAACUUUCCGUCAACCAAGACGAGGAUCAAAACACGACUCUUUCGCCGGGUCAGGGCACGGAUGACGGGGAGCCGCCUGAUGCCAAAAAGGAUCAACAGUUGGGUUGAUCCAAGUGGGAUUUUUGGAAGUUAGGUUAAAAUAGGACGUUAAAGGAAAAAAAAAGUGAAAAGCUUUUACGAGCUCACGCAUCAUUAGAGUGUAGUAUAUAUUAGGUUGUGCUGCUUUAAAAAACAAACAAAAAAAAUGGCGGUCCCCUAGGACAGAUUUUAAUAUAUUGGUAACCAAUAGUGAACUUUAUUGCUGACAUUCUGGUCAAAAAGUACAAUGAAAGAUGCCACCUGUCUAUAUACAAAUCUAUUUAUAGAGAAUGUUGCCCCAAAAUGAUUAUCCAAAUUGAGCGUAUUUGAAGCACCUUUGACAUUAGAAAAAAAACACAAGUAAACAAUGUAGAGAGCUACCUUAUCUUUGUCCCAUUCAAACCUUGUGUUAAAACGUUUAGGAAGGAUCGCACCUUAUCUAUUUUACUACUAAUCCUCAUUGGUAGAAACAAUUUUGUAGCGAGUUGCUGUUUUCCAAUCACUUAUAAUUAUCAUUAUACUACGCAUUAGACUUCAGUCCCUAGUUGUUUGGACUGUACUGUUUAUAACAGUUGCUCAGUUAUUUCAUUUAAGUUAUUUUCACCCUCCACCCCAUACUUGUCCCGUUGUCUUCAUUUAUGUGCUUUUUUCUUUUCACGGCUAAGGAAGAAAACAAAAAAGGCAUAGAUUGUAUUUGUGUUCAAAGUUGCUGCUCGAACGCCCAAAAGCCUUAUUACGAAGAAACAAAAUAUAGCAAUCAGACAUUUGUCAAAUGCCCAAAUUAGCGAUGUUAUCGAAAGAACAAUGAGCACGUUUGAGAGCACGUUUGAGAAGUUUUAUUGUGCAACACCCGACUAGGUUGUUAAGCCUGCUAUGUUGCGCUGCUGUGGAUGUCUUUUCCGUUUGCGGACAAAAGGGAACUCCAGCUGGCAUUCGUGUACAGAACUAUUUGUUACAUGUUUGAAAUGUGUUCUUUCGGAAAGGAUACGCUAAAACCUCCCCCUUUUUUUUAAUCUUUCAAUGUCCUCCCUAAAAGAAAUACAGGAGUUGAAUUGCAUCAGAACCAUCUUAAAGUCAACUUUUGCUUCAAGCUACAAGACACUGUUACAGCUCUGAGGUAGAAUAUGGCUGGGUUGACAUCGUAUGUAUGUUCUUUCCAUUCUUACAGCAUAGCGGCUUCACAAAUCAACCCGUCAAUCCCUUGAGAUGUGGUUCCCGCUAAUCCUCGACAUUCGUAUCAGUCACCAUGCCCGUACUUGGCUAAAGGCGGGAAUAUAUAAACCUAUAUGUGCUUCUCUUUUACCCGACUUAAUCGUAGCGAUCGGGUCGGUGCAGAGUUCUCAUUUCCCAGUUGGACCUCCCCUCUUUGUGAAAACCAGAUACCGGGACAAUCUUGGAAUCUGAGGCCCUUGAAACUUGAUUUUUUUUUUUGUGAUUCUGUGAUGAUCUUGAAUAGUUUGUGAAUCUCCCUCACUGUGUGAUCGCAGUCUGGUUCUGACUGUAAAAAAAAAAAAAGAAGAAAAGAACCCCCCCCCCCCCCCAACGUUGAGUCCCUGCUGACAACACACUGGAUAUAUAUACUUUGUACAUAUGUUUUUUUUUCUUCUAUCCAUAGGUUAAAUAGAAUCUGUCCUUCUAUGCCUUCUUGUUUCAAUCUAAAUCCCUGAUAUGGUGGGUUGUGAUCGUUGCCUAGGAUGAUUGUUUACAAUUUGAUUCCAUGUUCUCUGGAUAUUCUGUACAUAUUGUAAUUCAUUGUCUUUUUUUAACUUGGUAAUAAAGUUAUCAGAUAACUCA